AAGGGACUGGGCCGCAUAGCAGACGUCUGUCGACCAUACGGCGUACAGAUUGGCAUAUCACUGAACUUUGCCUCCCCGGAAGACGUAGGCGGCCUCGACACGUAUGAUCCGCUCGAUUCCGGUGUCAUUUCAUGGUGGCAGAAUAUCACCGAUAGCCUCUAUACAUACGUACCAGACAUGGCUGGCUAUCUUGUCAAAGCUGACUCUGAGGGCCAGCCCGGCCCUGACACGUACAAUCGCACCUUAGCCCAAGGGGCUAACCUUUUUGCACGGGCCCUGCAUCCGCAUGGUGGCGUGCUCAUGUUCCGCGCUUUUGUCUACGAUGACAACCUCAACGAAUCCGACUGGAAGGCCGAUCGGGCUAAAGCUGCCGUGGAAUACUUCAAAGACCUCGACGGUCAAUUCGAAGACAACGUCGUGGUACAAAUCAAGUACGGUCCAAUCGACUUUCAAGUCCGCGAACCUACUUCCCCCCUGUUCGCCAACCUCUUUCACACCAACACAGCUAUCGAACUCGAAGUCACCCAGGAGUACCUAGGCCAGCAAUGCCACCUAGUCUACCUCCCACCCCUCUGGAAGACCGUUCUCAACUUCGACCUGCGUGUCGACCACCAACCAUCAGUAGUCCACAACAUCAUCUCCGGCGAACGAUUCAACCGCUCCCUCGGCGGCUGGGCAGCAGUCGUCAACGUCGGCACCAACCGAACCUGGCUAGGCAGCCACCUCGCUAUGUCCAACCUCUACGCAUACGGCCGCCUCGCCUGGACCCCAACCGACAAUUCCGAGCGUAUCCUCGAAGACUGGACCCGCCUCACAUUCGGCUCAUCCCCCCAAGUCCUCAACACCAUCAGCGACCUAUCCAUGUCCUCCUGGCCCGCCUACGAAAACUACACCGGCAACCUCGGCAUCCAAACCCUCACCGACAUCCUCUACACCCACUACGGACCCAACCCCGCCACCCAAGACAACAACGGCUGGGGACAAUGGACCCGCGCCGACCACUUCUCCGUGGGCAUGGACCGCACCAUCUCCAACGGAACCGGCUACACAGCCCAAUACCCGUCGGAAAUCGCCGAGAUCUACGAAUCCCUCGAAACUACCCCGGACAACCUCAUCCUCUGGUUCCACCACGUCCCAUGGACCCAUCAACUGCACUCGGGCGAAACCAUCAUCCAACACUUCUACAACGCGCACUACGCCGGCGCAGAAACCGUCCAAGCCUUCAUCCCGCGAUGGGAAUCCCUACAGCACCUCAUCGACCCGGAUCGAUACAACGCUAUCCGCUCCCGACUGGUCUACCAGGCCGGCCACGCCAUCGUCUGGCGCGACGCCAUCACAAACUUCUACUAUAACAUGACCGAAAUCCCCGACGACAAGGGCCGCGUAGCUCACCACCCCUGGCGCAUCGAAGCCGAGAGUAUGCUUUUGGACGGAUACCAGAUCUACGCCGUUAGUCCAUUCGAGGCUGCAUCGAACACCACGGCGAUUGUCACGACAUCGAAUUCAACCACCGGGACAGCGAGAACCACGCUCAACUUCCCACCCGGAACGUACGAUAUUGGUGUGAAUUACUAUGAUCUGUAUGGGGGACAAUCUCACUAUACGUUGUUGCUGAAUGGGAAGGCGGUGGGUCAGUGGGUGGGGGAUAUGGAACAUCAUUCUCUGGGUCAUACGCCGUCGAUUUACUUGGACGGACACUCGGCGACGAGGGUUACGUUUCGGGGGGUGGAGAUUCGGCGGGGCGAUGAGCUGGAGAUUGUUGGUCGGGCGGAUGGGGAUGAGCCGGCGCCGUUGGAUUAUGUUGUUCUUCUGCCUCCGGGGGUGAUUGACUGAUUGGAUGGUUGAUGUCGAGUUGGCCAGAUGGCUUGUUAAUAAUUGCUUCACUGAAGAGACUAUCGUAAAUCUAUUGUUGCAAG